UUGGAAAAUGGCAGCGACGAGUGUUGUCGUUCUCGACAGAGGCAACAAUACAACUUGUACCGUAAAUCUUUUCGGUGCUACAGUGGUAUCAUGGCGGGUUAACAAUCAAGAACAAUUAUUUGUAAGUAAACAGGCUGUGUUCGAUGGCAAAAGGGCGAUACGAGGCGGGAUACCGUUUGUGUUUCCUCAGUUCGGACAAUGGGCCUUCGGUCCGCAGCACGGGUUCGCCCGUGUGGCGCGCUGGCACGUGGAGAAGAUGCCAGAGCGACUGCCCAGCGGCGACGUGGAAGCCGUCUUCAGCCUCAUGGACGACGAAUUCACACACUCCAUGUGGCAUUUUCAGUUCAGAUUGACGUACAGACUAAUCCUUAGGGAGAAAGAGUUGCACUUCAACAUUGGCGUGUACAACCCGAGCAAGGAGCUGACAUUCAGUUGCCAACUGCUCCUGCACACGUACUUCAAAGUUCCUGAUGUGCGGCGCUGUCAGAUCACCGGCAUGCACGGCUGCAUGUUCAUUGACAAGACACGGGAAGGUGCGGUUUAUCAGGAGACGCGUGAGGUGGUGACCAUCAACGAGUGGACGGACCGCAUCUACCAGAACACGAUGCAGGAACACAUCAUCACGAAUGUAGUCAGCGGUCGCAAGAUGAGGAUACAGAAGUAUAACUUCCCUGAUACUGUGAUCUGGAACCCGUGGGCGGAGUUCGCGAAGGAGAUCCCCGACUUCGGUGACGAUGAGUUCCCUAACAUGGUGUGCGUGGAGGCGGGCCGAGUCGCCGCGCCCAUAGUACUUCUUCCUGGCACCGCUUUCGAGGCCAGCCAGAUACUGCAGGUGAUGUAAGAAGGAGGCGACUCCCUCCGCAGCCGUCCACAUCGUGAAGUCAAUUCGCGUGAAUAUUUUAAUGUUUAUGACAAUAUUGUAUACUCCGCAACUGUAGAGGAUACUAAACUGAAUCUUUGUAAUUCUGUCUAUCUCUUCCUUACUAGUUCUUCACGGCAGCAAAAAAUAAGCCGAUUUAAAUGAAACGAUUCAUACAGUUUUGGUCCAAAAGUGAAAGUAUCGGUCAAAAAAAAAUGUGCUUUGCAACUGAAGUAGAUGCUAAGUCGAAUCUUCAUAUAUAUGACUGUUACCUCGUUACUGGUAAGUCUUCGCCGAUUUUAAUGAAAGGACAUCAUUCACACUUAUUUGUUCCAAUAUUGAAAGUGCAAUGGAAGAAAAUUUAAAAAUGUGUAGUGUAUAUUACGAAUAAAUGACACUGGAAAUGAUACUAAACUGACUCUUUAUGUCUUUGUUUGUCUCUUCAUUACUCGUAUUUUUUCCCGCAAUAGAGCCAAUACUAAUGGAAAGUACGAUUCAUACAUUUUUGGUCCAAAAGUGAAGGAGGUACUAAAAAUUAAUCUCAAUAUCUAUGCCUGUUUCUUCGUUACUCGUUAUUUUUUAGGAAACAAAAAAUAUGCUGGUUGAAUUAAAGGACGAUUUAUACAUUUGUUGCCCAAAGGAGUAAAGUAACUUACAAGAAAAAAGUGUGCUGUAGUGAAAAAGGCGGAUAUAUAGGUACUGUAUGUAUAAUUGACUGUAGAACGCUAAUGUCGUUUACAGGUCCAAAUUAUCUAUAUGGUGGUCUGGACAUUUUUCCAAUCCGAAAUUGUAGUAAAUUAAAAAAAGGAACUAGCGAAACAAGAACCUUGCAAAAACUGUCAGUUACAUUUUUUAACAUUUAAUAGGUUUUUUAUCAUGUGCGAGGGUUUCGGGAAGAAAUCUCUCUCCAUAUAAGAAGUUCUUGUGCACGUCCUGUCCUUUUUCAUGUUUGUUUUAAUUUAUGCUAUAUAAAUAAAAACCUAAAAAAAAAAUAUUUUUGAAAAAAAAUAUUCUAAUUGUAUUUUUUUUACUCAAAUAAAAGUCAAGGUAGGUAUACAGCUUCCGCUAAAAUGUUUAGACGGACAAGUUUUAACUAACUCCACCAAAAAUUUUUUUGGCCGGCACUUUCAGAUUUUGGUCAAAAUUGAUAAUAUCCAUGUCAUAUUUAUACCACAACCGAUUACUUAAUGGACCCUCGAUAUGUGUAUCAAAUUAAUGAAGUUAAGAGUUUUUACUCUUAAUCAUUGCAAUAAUGGAUGAUAGAUUUAUUUGUACGCAAAUGUUAGAAUCAUAGUCCAAUCUUAAGUAAAAAUGGCGCUAAAAGUAAAAAUAAAUAGAUUAUAGAGUAGCAUACGUAAUGCAAAAUUAACAAUGAUUUCAAACAUUCUAUUCCGAAUAUACAUUCCAAUUAUUCUAAAAACGUUAAACAUUAUUUAGUAGUUUAAAUGAAGAAUUUCACUUCAACAGAAUACUAGAAAUACCGAAAUCGGUACUCCGUGUCAAUUGAUCUGAAUUUUGCCUGUUCCUUUAAAUAUAUAUGAAAUAAGUUUUAUUUCCAUUAAUUUAAUGCCACUAAUUUUUAAAUUCAUAAUCGCUUACCUCUGGAUUUAUUACCGGCCUGCUACCGGCCGAUUGUCUCCUCCCAGUAUGAAAAGAGGCCGUAGUCCACCACGCCGUUCCAAGUGCGAGUGCGAAUUGGUGGACUACACACGCCUUUGAUAGCAUUACUCUCAGGCGUGCACAAUGUUCCUCACGACUUCGAAAAGUCAGAGGUGCGUGCCGGGUCCCCUAUACUAACUAUUUGCAAUACGAGAUUUAUUAAUAACUAACGACCCGCCCCGGCUUUGCACCUUUUUUGUAUGCAUUAUCAGGAUCUAGAAAAUACUUUUUUCCGGACUUAGUAAGUAAAUUCGACUACCACGAAUAUCC